AUGAUUGAUAAAAAUUUGAAAAUAGCUAUUAUGUUUAUUCUUAUCUUAAUAGCUAUUUUCUUUAAUAACAUGGUUAUAACUAUAAUAGUUAUGCCAAUAGGUAUUGGUCUUCUGCUUUGGGCUUUAGCAGAUAUGAAUCCUGAAGAUUUAGGUCCCUCCCAUAAAAAUAAUUGA